ACCGCCCCCACUCCCUUCCCCGCUCCGCCUGGACGAAUCCCGGCGCCGCCGCCUGCGGCGCGCCCCUGCUCCGCGCCGCUCCAUCCAUCUUCUACCCCCCGGCGCGCCCCCACUCCCCACCUCCGGUCCCUGAUCCACGCCGCACCUCCGCGCCUUGUUCUCCUCCUGCUCACCGAGCCCAGGAACUUCACUUUAUUCCCCACCUCCUCCUUGCACAAUUACUUGUUUUUCUUAUCAUGAUUUUUGUUCUGUGUCAUCUUUGCUUCGGUUGCUUACGUUUAAUUGCAGAACUUCGACAUGGAGAUCUGUUUCACUGCAAACACUGUAUCCAACUGAAUGUUGUGAAACAUAUUCAGCAUUGUUAUGUAGUUUUACUCAAGUGUCAAUUAUUUUCUGUGCAUAGUUUAUUUGCGGCAAGUAGUGUUGUUGCAGAACUCCGAAGGUGGCAUAGGGGUGGAGUGAGUGGUUAUGGGUGUGGAAGGUUUAUUGGGUCCUGUCGAUCAACUUUAGGAGUGUUUAGCUAGCAAACAAUUCAUCUUCCAAAUUUAUUGCUGUCAUUAAAUUAUAUAGCAAGGGGCAAAUCUACUAAAAAAUCUGUUGCUGACAGCAUUUGGGGAUGCCCAAGGGACAAAUCUCCAGAAGCGGGGUAUCGAAGCUCAUGCAACCUGACCACUGAAGAAACAUUGUCAAUUCGUUCGUUCACUUUUCAGGCCGAGGGCGUCGUUGGGAGGAGCUCCAUGGAGUAUGACUGGUGGCAGCAUCUCAGAAGAAGGGUGCGGACCAGACAACACUCUGGGCCGGAGGCGGCGGCUUUUCUCCGGUCCGGGACAAAGCUAUUGUAGGAGGAACUUGCCUAUCAAAGGUUUGAAGGAUGAUCUUGUCAUGAUGUGAAAUGGCUCUUUGAGCACCUUCGGGGUGAUAUACUUGGUGGAGAAAAGUGAUACCUCAAAGAGGACGAAACCCCUGGUUCUGCUGAUGGAACAAAAUGUUGAUAGGUCCUUCAGGUUGCAAUUCAGGAGGGAGAUCCUGUUAUUUCUAUUACCAGUAAGGAAUGUGCAGAUGCUACUGGACUCGUUAGUCAGGAUUCUGUACUUGAUUCUAAAGAAGUUAGCCAGACAAUUCUUACUGCUGCUACAGAAGUUAGGGAUGUUCCUCGAGUUAAUGUGGCAACAGCUGAUAAAAUUUCUCCAAGUGACAGUAAUGUAGUGAAGGGCCACCUGAAUCCUGGCAACGCUGGCAAUAUAUCAACUACCGUAAAGGGUGACCCUGACAGAGGUUAAGAGGGAUAUGGUCAAACUACCAUGCAACAUUCCCUCCAUAGGUGAUGGUUUGCAGGCAUUACAUGAUGAUAAAGAGUUGCCUAAGAACGGGACCCCAUUGCAAGAAAUAGAUUCUAAAACCAAUAUGAACUUGGACAAGAAAGAGGACAGUCCUGACAGCGCUUCUCCUGAUGUGAAAAACUAAAUUUAGACAGGAGCUCGGGUAACGAGUCGAGAGAGGAUGUGAUGGAAAGUAAGCAAGUUGAUCCCAAUGUCAGAUCUGAUGAUCUUGGAGGGAAGACUGCAGUUACCUCAGACCAUGAGGAGGUAAAAGAGGUGUCCUCGUUGAUACUGUUGCCAAGGAUUCCUCUGUGCAAACAAAGGACAUUGUUUCUUAAGAGAAGCCAGUAACUCUUAUAUUAAAAAAGGAAACCUGAAGACCAAGAAAUUGUUGCAGAUGGAAUGCCAGCGUGGUGUGGAUACUCUCAAAAUUCCUAAGCAACAAACAUCCAAACUAAGUAGCUCUGAUCCUCUAAAACAUUCUGUUUGGCAGGUCUGAUUCAACAGCAAGCGGAGAUUCUCACAAAGUGCGGAUAGGGCCACUUCCUCAGAAGCCUGCAGCGGAAGUGGCGGAACCGGAGGCCUUUGUGUUCGGCCAUAGCCCAUAGGGAAGACGUCUGAUACCAAGAGAAUACAUCUGUCCUUAAUUCACAGUAUUUCGCAGCAACACAAUGAUCACAGUUAACAGUUUGUACAGUAAAUCUGUAGUUCCGGGACGCACCGCCUACAGAGUCCAGAACAGAGGAACUAUAAAGGGCAGCGAGACCGAUUCGGCAGUUUGCCUAGCCGUAGGUUCCCGCCUUCCCAACUGCCGUUUUCCAACCGCCAGUACCAAUCUUGCCUACCUAGCUUCGUAUGGAGCCUGCCGGGCUCGCCGCCGGCGAUCUUGGCGAGCCGGUCGGGCGUGACGGCGACGGGGGGCCCCAGGGCGAAGCGAUUGUCGAGGGUGGUGCUGUCAGGCGCGGCACGGGCGUGCGCGCCAGCGGCGCCGGCGAGAUGACCAACCGGAACGCGCCUGGUCAUGACGCCAAGACCUCCGAUACGGAGGAGAUGUCGUGCGUCAUCAACGCCGGCAAGACGAGCAAGGCGGAGGCGCCCCGCCAUGACGCCAAGGCCGGCGAUACGGAGGACAUGUCGGGCGCCAUCAACGCCCGCAAGACGAGCAAGGCGGAGGCGCCCUGCCAUGACGCCAAGGCCGGCGAUACGAAGGAGAUGUCGGGCGCCAUCAACGCUCGCAAGACGAGCAAGGCGGAGGCGCCCCGCCAUGACGCGGAGAAGGAGCUGCCGCGCGCCAGCGAAGCAGGCAAGACGAGCAAUGCUGUCGCGCCCGGCCACUACAUCAAGGCCCUCGAUACGGAGAAGGUGCUGCCGCGCGGCAGCGACGCAGGCGGGACGAGCAAAGCGAUCGCGCUCGGCCAGGACUUCAAGGUUGCCACUGCGGAGGAGAUGCCGCGCGCGGCUACGGAUGUUUGCUCUGUUUGGAGGGAGAAUUGGGAGGAGAGCUUGCAGAGUAUGAGCGGCUUCUUGGAUCUCCCAGGUACCAUGACCAUUGCUAUAGACACAGAGUAUGCAACCAAGUGCCUGCUUAGAUUGGAACAGCCACAGAACGGUGACGAGUGGUACAGCCAGCUGCAGGCUACUGCAGGGACUGCGGAUUUGGUACAGGUCGGGGUCGCGGUGACGUUCGCCGACGCCGACGCAGAGAACAUAGAACCGAUCAGGGUAUGGGAAUUCAAUCUCUUCUUUGACUCCAAAUCAAACCAGUAUAAUCCGAGCACUCUGCUGUUUUUGGAGAAGAAGUGCCGGCAUGACCUUGAAAAGCACAGGCAGUAUGGUAUUAUGCCAACUGACUUCUUCCAGUGGGUCUAUGAGCUCCACAGCAUAUUUGCAAGACGAUCUGUGACUGUUGUCACGUACCAGGGAGAUGCGGACAUCGCACUUCUAAUCUACCAAGGUGCUCCAAUGCCUGCAAGGCGGCUCGACUUUCUUCUGGAUAUCAGCAACACUUUUCCUGCAUUGGUCGACACGAGAGUUCUUGCCAUGGUUUGGGCACCAGAUUUCUGCGGGAAGUUAGAUGACCUUGCUGACAUGUUGGGCCUCUCUAGAAGUGGAACAAGACAUCAUGCAGGGUCAGAUGCGGCGCUGACCCUCAGGUGCUACUUUGCAAUGCGAAGGUUGCUGGGAGAUCAGAAGGUGCUCAGGGGAGUACUUUGCGGCUUGUUUCAAAGCGAACCAUCAGUGUGCACUGCGAGAAUAGCCUGGGAUCCUUCAAUCAGCAUUUUGCAUGUCUGGGGUAAAAACUUUGAUGAGGUUGCCGGCCAAUUUGGAAGGUUGAUUGAGAACAAUUUCACUGUCGUUACUGUCAAAGUCCUCUUUGACCCGCCUCUUCGAAAGGGUCCGUUCAAUCGUGAUCCUCAGUUCUGCUAUUCAAACAUGCAACUAAGGCUCGAUGAAAAGAUAAGAUGCACUAUCGCUAUGGUCUUCGCCACUGGCCAAGGGCAAGUGGCGAAUUCGGCAUCCUUUGUGUUUCAUAUCUGCUUUUCCGGCGGGGAGUAUAUUGAGCCAGUACAGUUCGCUAGGAUGUUGGAUGAGCAAGGAGUGCUAUGCAACCCAUACCUGACUUGGGUUACCUUCCUAGGGGCAGAAUCCGUCGCUUUCAUAUAUGACAUGGUUUAUCAUAGUUUCCAAUUCUGGAUUCCCACCAUGUUCAGUCACUACAAGGUGAGCAGAACGGGCAUGUUUCCGGUUAUGUAUGAUGUCGGCAUUGUAGCUUCCAGAGGCAGCUCACUGAGUCUGCGCCAAAUUGCAACAAGUUUGAUGAUUGAGCAACCAGAGGAAGCUGGCAUCGGUUGGGAAGCAAUUUUAACCUUGAAAAGCUUCCUUCGUCUGGUCAUGGACGGGCGUAUGUCCUCGACGUUUGCCGGGAAUUUGCUUGCAGGCUGCUGUAGCCGCUCCAUGUGCUUGAGGUAGCGCAACCGCUUUGCCCUGAUGAUCUUAACUGCUACAGAUUUAAGAAGCUCGAGCCAUGUAGGUGUACAGUUGAUCAAAUGUCCUGCUUGUUGCGACACAAAUGUACAAGUAUUGCUCUCAUACUGUUGAAUCAAACAAGUAUAUGCUUCAUUUUUUGAAUACUUCUUAGUUGCUUGUCA